GCUAUUGUUCCCUUUCGUCGGGUUGCAGACCGUUUAGAGCUUCCCUCCCCCCUUGCCGCAGCAUAUCCGGAGCGAACAACCUUCCGAGACAGCAACGGGAGACCCUGGGGAUGAGACCCGGGCUCUGUCUCUCUCGCCCUCUCUCCCCGGCCACGAGAAAUUGCGUGCGCGCAUAUAUACCUCGAGGAAGUGGGAAAAGGGGGGGGGGGGGUUGGCAGACGACAGAGGGAGAGAGAGAAGGGGACAGAGAAGGACAGGGACAGGGAGAGGGAGGGAGAGCGCAUAUGUGUGGUGUGUAUGUGUGUGUAUGUGUGUGUGUGUGUGUGUGUGCUAAUGAUAGUAUACUCAUAGAGGAGCGAGAGAGAGAGAGAGAGAGAGGCACGUACACACAUAUACCUGGUAUGUCUACAUUUCUACACACGCAUAUAUACAACUAUACAACUAUACAACACACACCACACACCACACACACACAUACGCACUCUUACACACACACAAGCACCUACGCCUAUACUUAUACACAUACAUAUAGAGGUGGGUCGACCACCAAGGGAGUGAGUAUCCAAAAAUUCCAUGAUAAGAACGCGCCACCCCUCCCCCCCCCCCUUUCUCCAUCUCCGCUAUGCCCUACCAUCACAUACUAUGACACCGAAAUACGCACACGGCCAAACCGGAAUGCAUUUGUAGCGGUCGUGCUUGUUCAUGUCGCUCUCUGUCGCGACAGCAUGCCCUCUUCUCUCCCUCUCCCUCUUUUUUUUGGUUCCCUCUCUCUCCCUCUCUCCGUUUUCUGUCUAUAGCCGCCAUUGACCGUUGAUCUAGCCGCCCGGACUCUGCCCC